AUGGGUUCACAGAAUGAAAAUGCUUUUGAGGGCAUUGCACCUGAAUCUCUUUCACCUCAGGCCGAGUAUGGGCAACCCUCAGAGUAUCCGUCCUACGAUGUGUUUAUAAAUCACAGGGGACCAGACGUUAAGAAGACUCCUGCGGAUGAACUAUAUCGCCAUCUCAGUGCCUUUAAUCUGCGGGUGUUUUUAGAUCAGAAAGAAUUGCAGACAGGAGAUUUCUUACCGGCGGCCAUACAGCAUGCUCUCGCCACAUGUAAAAUCCACGUAGCAAUUUUCUCCCCAAGAUAUGCGGAGUCGCCGUGGUGUUUGGCGGAGCUCUCUUUCAUGCUUAAAACCGGGGCUAAAAUCAUUACUGUCUUCUAUGACGUGCAGCCCUUUCAUUCUCGAUACAUCAAUUCUGGGCCUUAUGCAUACGCAUUCAAAGAUUUCAAGAACAAGAACAGAAUUGAUCUCCGCAUUGUUGAGAAAUGGAAAGAUGAUCUCCACAGGGUUUCCUUUAUUUCGGGCUUGGUGCUCGACACAAGCAAAGAUGAUAAGGAUGUGCUGUUGAGGAGUAUAGUGGACAGAGUGGUAGAAGAAACAAAAGGAGAAGUGUUGGAGGUGGCUAAACACCCCGUUGGACUGGAGGAUGCCCUUCAAGCUUUCCAAAACACAAUAUUGAAGUCAGAUCAUGAGCAGAGCAGUUAUGAAAAAGUUGUGGGUAUCGUUGGAAUGGGAGGAUAUGGCAAGACCGCUCUCGCUAAGAAGAUAUACAACAAAAGGAAAUUCUCAGAGAUCGUCUGCAAACUCAGAGAUUUUAACGGUGUUAGAUGA